AUGACAGAGCUCGAAUAUAUCAAGUCGAGCGAAAGAAUCGGCAGAGUUGGCUCAGUAGUUGAGCUUAGAACGACUUCUGUGAGCAGAUAUCUUCAUCACAACAAAGCUGUGUCCGAGGGUGAAUAUACCUCUGGAUGGAGGCUGCAUCUAAUCACUUUAGCAUGGAGUCAUCGCUCUUCAGUACUUCCUUCUACCGUCUCCAUCACCAAUGAGUUAAAAGGAUUCGAUGAAGCUUCAUGGUUCUUUACUUCUAAUAUUCUCACAUACGCUGGUCUUGUCAUGAUCUGGGCGAAGCUCGGCGAUAUUUUUGGAAGGAAGAACUUGAUUCUGUUGUGGCUACUCCCAACAUGCACAACUAUAUCAGGACCUGUGACUCAAGUUGAGUCUCUUGUGGCACACCUCAAAACCCGGCAAAUAUUCACCCGGAAGCUACAAGUUAGCGUUGGUUUUAACUCUCCUCAGAUGAUGCAAGUUGAGUCCGAAUAUUUGCACUUGAUUAGUACAAUAUAG